AUGGUCACAGGCCUCUUCGGAAUACAUCUCAAAGAUAUGAGACACCAAAUAUCAGACAAUACGCCAUCGCCAGUGGGGAGUAACAGCACUGAAAGCUUGAAUGGCAAAUAUGAAUCCGCAUCCACAUCCGACUCGAUGCUUACAUCGUCGACGGCUUCAUUGCAGCCACGGCACGAAGCAGAGGCACACCUGAUUGAAACAGGGAUGCGGACAGAGCCCAAGGACAGCAGACUGGGCCCUGGUCUGCUUCUCUUCCCUGGCACCGCUCAAAGACAUCAGCAUAAUCUGGGAGCUAACUACACGGACAGGGAGAAGGGCGCUUUUGGGGGGACAAAAACAAUUUCGAAUGCUAAUGACGGGCACGUUGCCAUUAAUCAACAGCGCAGCAUUCGCUCUAUUCGACGACCACCACUGCAUAAGGCGGCGCCGCCUCCCCUGACCAGGACACCAAAGGGUGAUGCAGAGGAGCAGGAGCAUACCCCAGAGCCAACGCCGGACGCAUAUCGGGGCUCAAAAGUGGGAACCAAAGUGCACGCAUUCAUAAUCGAGUUCCUACAGGGCUCCUCCAUUCAUGGCUUCAUUUAUUUGGCCAAACUCGGUCUAAAUUUCGUCGAAAGAAUGCUCUGGUUCGCAUUCAUCUGCGUGGCCCUGUUCAGCAUCAUCUCGCUGAGCAAGAGGACAUGGCAUCGCUUUCAGACCUCCCCGAUGGUCAUAUCCAUGGAUCGGAACAAGCUGGUGUGGAACACGAGCUUCCCCUCGCUGACCGUGUGCCCUCACAAGCGUAUCGAUGAGCUCAAAGUGGAGGAUUAUAUAUUCUCUCAUGCUGAGGACUUUCAGACCGAGGAGGAUCAAGAGGAUUUCCGUGAUUUUAUUGUGAAACUUGCGAGUCUCACAUACGACAACUUGGAAACGCUGCCGCUGAACAAGUCGUUCGGGAUCUCGGGCGAAAAGUACUUGGAUUUGCUUUAUGAAUUGAAAUGGGCCUUCGAGCCGGAAAUCAGCAGUGGCGCCGCCGUCAAAAUGUUCAUCUAUGAGACCCAAACGGAGUUUGGCAUUUGCCAUGCCGUCAACUCGUUGGUCGCCCGUUACAAUUCCUUUGACUAUUGGCGCUCGAAUGAUUGGAGUAUCUUGGACCAUGGGGAUCGUGUGACAGUGCAUCCGUUGGAUGGUGAAAUCUACGCUCAAAUUAUAAACCUAUCGACGGCAUACGAUGUCUACUUCCAUGGAGCAGGAGAUGUGCCUAGCAUAUCCAAGCAGCGCUACACAUUUCCGGAGAGCGACUACACCACCGUCGAGCUAAUUGCCCUGGAAAUCUAUACGAAUGAGGAGGCCAGAGCAUUCACCACCAAACAGAGGAGCUGUCGCUUUAAUUAUGAGGCCGAGGACAUGCAGUCGGUGCCCAUUUAUAGCUUUGGCCUCUGCCUCUCCGAGUGUCGCAUGUUCUUCGCUCUGCGUGCCUGCGGUUGCAUUCCCCACUUUUACAGGAACCGCCUACGGAAUGGACGACGACUCCCUGUUUGCGGCCUGGAGGGCAUCGGCUGUUUGGUCAGAAUUAAACGCGAAAUAAUCUCAUUGAAAUCGGAGAAAUACAAAAUCAAUUGCAAUUGUUUGGCCAACUGUGACGAUUCCAACUUCUUUGUGCAGUCCCAUCGCUCGCGUGUCUGGUUUUUGGGCGCUAAUCUACAGUGGGGCAUAAUCGAUUAUCCCAAAAUGCAGCUCCGCCGCGAUGUACUCUUCUCCUUUGCUGAUGUCUUGGUUUAUAUUGGCGGCCUGGUGGGUUUCUUUCUGGGCUGCAGCGCUUUGAGCUUCACUGAGAUAAUAUAUUACUUCACUGCUCGAUUUGUGCGGCGCAUGUUCUUCAAUUAAAU